AUGUGGUCCAUCAGAGCACACGGUGAAGAAAUUGAUCCCAAUCAAAUUUAUGCUGGAAAUCCCACCAUGUUUAGUAUGGAACUUCAUCAUGGUGGGAAGUUCACAAAGUUUCCAGGCAUCAAGUAUAUUGAAGGGGUUGUAGCAUACAUUGACGUGAUCGAUAUAGAAGAAUUCUCAGUACACAAAAUAGACUCCAUCAUGUUAGAUUUAGGGUAUGUUGUUCCACCUGUCAUCUACUACCAUUUCCGUUUGCCCAAUGAGGGUUUGGAUUUUGGACUAAGAGCUCUAGGUAAUGAUGAUGAUGUACGUAACCUAUCAAAAUACGUGAGUGAGAACAAACUGAUAAAAGUGUACACAGAGCAUGGAGAAACAACGUUAGUUACCUAUUUCAUGUCCCCAAAUGGUCCUAAAAGGGUUAUAAUAGAAGAGAUUGAAGAUGAGGAACCACCUCAACCCGUAUCCCCUACUGUAGGGUUGACCUUGGCAAGGUAUGGGUUUUUCACACCUGAGUUGAGUAGGGGCAGAGGUUGGAAACCUACCCAAGGUAGCUCAUCAUGUAGUAAAAAUCUUUGCUUAGAUUGGGUAGACAAAGGAGGAAUAAGUGUUGUUGAAGGUGAUCAAGUUGACCUUGUGACUACUAAUGCUGAUGUAGAAAUGGUUGAAAAAUUAGUGAAUGAAGAUGUAGAGGAGGGGCAACCUAUUGCAAAUAAGGGUGUAGAGGAGGGGUGUACUGCUAUGAAUAAGCAACACCAAUCAAAUGAAGUCCCUUUUGAAGACAACUAUAGUGUAGAAGAGGAAAUGUUGGAAGAUUUUGACCCUUUCUAUGGGGUUGAAUUUAAUGAAAGUAUUCCAAAAAAACCAUCCAGCAUGGCUGAUGUAGAUGCAAGUAAUGAUGAUGAUUCAGAUAGCAGUGAAGACAACAGUGAAGAUAGUGACUUUAUGGUUGAUGAAGAUAACCUAAUUCCAUAUAUUGAAGUAGACAUGGAGAAUUUUUACAUGAGUAUAGACACAGAUGCAGAGUACUUAGGGAGUGUGUAUAAGUUUCAUGAGGGUAAUGAUGUUCAAGAGGAAGUAAAGGAUAUAGAGGUUAUUAACAAUGAUGAAUGGGAUUCUAUGGGUGAAGACUCAGACAAUGAUAGGAAAAGAAGGGAGAUCAUCAAACAGUUGACAUCUGUUUGUAAGGGAACUGUGGUAGUCAAUGCAAGUAGGGUUGGUGGACCUACCACAAAAAAGGUAAAGGGCAAAGAAGUAAUUGAAGAAAAGGCCAAGUGUACUUGGAGACUCCACGCUUCUAGGGAAAAUGAUAAUGAGUACUGGUUUGUAAAGACAUAUAAUCGCAAUCACAUAUGCCUUCAGUCCAGAAAAAUCAAAUCUUGCACUGCCACCUUCAUUUCGAAACAGAUUAUGGAUCAGAUUGAAUCAAAUCCUGGAGUGCCAAUUCGUGCAAUUCAAGAGGAGCUACAGAGGAAGUAUGAGGUUAGUAUUUCGGGUGACAAAGUUUUUAGGGCUAAAGCUCUCACAACAAAAAUGGUGGUCGGAGACUAUACUAAACAGUAUGCAGUUUUAAGAGAUUAUGUGUUAGAGUUACAAGCAACAAAUGUGGAUACAAUUGUAAAAAUUCAAGUGGAGUCUGAGCCUAACUGUAACAACUCAACCAGGCAAUUCAAAAGGAUGUAUGUGUUAGAGUGA